AUGUCCUGGCACUUCAAUGCAAGCAAAUUCUGGGAUGAGAUCCGAGCAAACAAGGUCACAGCGUAUGACUUCAUGGGCGCCACGUUGGCACUGACAUACAAACAGAAGCCAAAUGCCUUCGAUCGUGGCCAUCGCGUGCGGUUUGUUUGGGAAAUUCCUAUAUCGAACAUUGCCGAGGACUAUGAGAAGCGAUUCGGCCGUCCAUAG